GAGUUCCGAGGUAUAUCUAGAUAUAUUAAGUUUUUAUUAUGUAUUUUAAGAUAUUGGGCAAAUAUUUAAGAUAUGGUUUAUAGAUAUUUACUUAUAAAGCAAAAAGAUCAUUUAUUUGUUUUUGAAAGAUUGGGGAAAAAUCAAUAUCGCAUAGAAAUUUUGCGCAUGAUUUAAAGUAUUGAAACGAUCGCAAUGGUGUUUUAAAUGAAUUUUUUGUUUGAGCUCAUAGACUUAAUAAAAUAUAUUAUUAAUUCAUAAACAUCAAUUGAAUAUGGAUCUACAAAAGGAGCGUAUUACUGAAAUUAUGGAAAUUAAUUUGAAAAAACACGAAGAGAUAAAGAAAAAUAAUGAAACACAAAUGACUUCAAGCACAAUAUCUACAAUUUCCAGUCUAGCAUCACCGGUCGAUUCCGGAGUACAAAUGUUGGACAGUGAAUGUGAACUGACUUCUGUUAUGUCAGGUGGAUCUGGUUGUGAAAAUGAUGUUAUCCCUAAUAUAGAGUCAGAUAAUAGGGAACUAGCUUCAAAAGAUACUGUUUCUACUGUUGUCUUAAAUAAGAAAAAGCCUAAUGACUUACAAGCAGAAAAGGAGUUAGAGAAAAUAGCGGAACAAAAUUUGUCUAUUCCGAAUUUGAAAGAAAAUGAACAAGGUCCUGGUUAUUUUAAAUUGAAACAUAAUUUUACAAAAAGUGAUUUUGUAAAUAAGAAUGUGAUUGAUGAUAAGUUAUCACAUUCAGUUCCAACUUACUUUGAUCAAUUUUCUGACAGAGAUUUAAGGAUAUCACCUUUGUGUGUAGAUAAAGAUCAAAGUGACGAUGUCUUUGAAAUGGAACAUCCAAUUAAAUCAUCAACUGAAACUGAUUUAAUGAAUAUUUCACUUAAUAGUUAUGAACUUUUGGAUUACACGUUACAAAAUACCACAAAUGUAUUACCUGAAUAUGAAACUAUUGAUAUGCAUGUUAGUUUAUCAGAAGAAGUUAAUGAAAAUUUGAAAGUUAAUUUGGAUGGUAAAGAGUUUGUCCCUCCAGCAAUAACAGAAAAUAUAUCUGUAAUUGAAAGUCCAGAAACUAAGCCAGCUGAAGAGCAAAUUGUCUUUAGGAGACAAAGGAAGAAAAAGUCAAAAUCUGAUACCCCCAAAAAGAGAGUCUCAUUUCACGAAGAUAUUUUGAACAGCACAAAAAUUGAUGAUAUUCAUAUAAAUUUAGGUUUUAUCACUCAUGAGCCAGAUGUCUCACUAAGUUUUUUUCAAAGAGGAUUUGUCCGUAAGCCUGAUGUUGUAAAGGGAAGAUACAGCUGGGCUGCAGAAGGAGAUGCUCCAUUUUAUGAAAAAGCAAAUACCGAUCGCGAAAUAAAGUCAGAUAUAUACAUACACCAUCCUAGAUAUUCAUCAACAUCUUCCAGUUCUACUGGAAGUGUAACUAGUUCAAUUGAUGAAGAAGACAGCGCAUCAGAUGAAAAUAUUCCAAAAAAAGAACCAACUCAAAAAAUGCCCAAAUCAAGUUGUUUGAAGAAAACUAAAAAUAAAAAGUAUAUUAAUACUGAUAUUGUUCAAGAAGAACUAACAAAGAAAAAAUGUGAAAAUAACUUGCUGGACAAUAAUAUAUUCGGUAGUUUGAAGAAUAUACUUAAUUUUUCCACAUCAGUUCCAUUGGCCAAAAGAGGUGUCCCUGAAGGCCAAGAAGAUGUUACCAUUUACUCUUCUUCUCAUGAUAUUUCAAACAGACGCAAAUCCUUUGGUAGUUUUUCUUUUGAAAAUACCGAAACUGUUGAAGUGGCUGAAGUUAAACCUGAACCUAUUAACAAAAUACAUGUAGCUAAAAAUAAUCUGAAACUAACAAAGAGCGAGGGUUUUUAUCCGAAUUACCAACCUAAUCGGGAUCUUCCUGCCAAUAUUAUAUUAUGUGAUAAUCAAGUUUACGAACACAAGGGAAUUAGCUACUCUUAUGAAUAUGAUAAUUUUCAGAAAGCUUUUGAACAACAAAACAAACCUAAGAGUUCUGUUAUAUAUCAGAAAAUCUUAAAGGAGUUAAAUUUUUUUCGCAGGAAAGCUAAAGAUGAACCUGAGAAGGAAGCUGAAGAAGAUUUCGAAAUUAUUAACCAAACCUUAACACCUACCAACAGUGACGUUUUAAUAGAAGAAGUCUCAGAAGUUGAAGUUAAAGAGUCAGAUGGAAAGCUUACGUGUAGCACACCAAAAAAUAACAUGGAUAAGUUUAUAUCUUCUGUUAAGUUAGAUUGGUCUGAUAAUGAAACUGUAUCUGAUCUGUCUGAAUCUCGUCAUUCAAGACAUCUAGAUUCUCCUAAAAAGAAGGUGUUAAGAAAUAAUCAUUAUACUAUAUGCCAGUCUCCUUUAAAAGUACCACUUGCGGAAUACAAAAGUCUUAACCAAACGGAUGCUAGUAAAUCUUUACCCAACUUAAGGACGUCCACAUCAAAAUCAUCACUAAUUAAUAGGUUUUUGAGGAAUGUUACUUUAAAGAAAAUGGUAGAUAUUCAAACUCAGGGAUAUAGCAAGAAAAUGAACAAUUGCAUAGGUUUAUAUGUCAAAGGGUGUAAGGUUGCUCCUACUUGUAAUAAAGAAAUUGAUCAGGUGAUUGAAAAUGAAAUUAUUUGUGGAAAGAAAAAACAGAUAACCAUUGAAUAUUGGGACAAAAUUACUGCAACAAAGCUGAGAAAACAAAUUUUUAGAAAUAAAGAAGAAAAAUUGUUGAAAGUAUAUCCUAUAAGAAGUGCAUAUGCCACAAAUGGAGAUAGUAUUCCUCUUUUGCUCAUAUUAACUGACAUAACAUUGUAUGUUACCAGUUUGAAACACGACAAUGUUUUCUGCAAUCAUUUCAUCUUGCCAUAUACAGACCUUAAUGCAGUACUAAUCGGUCCCAAUGCUCAAGUCCUUCACAUCUCUAACAAUAAUUUGGACAUGCAAUGCAUGUUAACUACUGGUUGUUCUAAAAUUGCAAAUGAUAUAGUUAGCCACUUGGAAGUAGCUAUGAGAAGGGAUCUCAAUAAACCUAAAUUGCCAGCCAUCAAACAUCUUACCAUGAGGGAUAUGGUAAAUUUAAGAAAAGCUAUAUGUAAACAAACUGCUGUGGAUAAGGAUGAAGAAUAUUACUACUAUAGUGUUGUUAAUAUUCAAGAUUCUGGCCAAGAAGAUGUAAUGCAAACACCACUUGGGCCUACUAAAGAAGGUCCUUUGAUGUUUAAAAUUGGAGAUAUUGAUUAUGGUAGAUGGGAAACAGCAUAUUUCAUAUUAAAAGCUGGUGUCUUAUACAUGUUAUCUUCAGCUUCACAAGGAGUACCAAUGAGGAUAUUUCCUUUAAUUAAUGGGGCCUGUCAAGGAGCCAGAAGAGUUUUUAAUUGUCAAAGACCUCAUACGUUUCAAGUCAUUAUUGAAGGAAAAGAUUUACAUUUGGCUGCACCUGAUGAGUAUGUAGCUAGUGAAUGGUUACAGGAAUUAAUACAUUCCGCCAGUGGGAUGUGUAGUUACAAAGAAAAAAAAUCAACUUACUCGUGUUCCCUUCUCAUGACCGGUCACCAUAUUUUAACAAUUAGGGAAUCAUUUCCAAGUACCGUUAACUUAUUUCUUCCACAAAGAAGUAAGCAUGAACCUAUACAAGGUCCUCAAGCUCUUUCUUGUGCCGCUAUCACGGAUUUGCUUUCAUUUCGCUUGCCAUCUGCUGAACAAAGUUGGUGCGUUAUGGAAUUUUCAUGCAGAGAAGUUCAUGAGUACAGUGGCGACUGGAUUGUAUAUUUCUCAACAAAUGCCGAGUUAGAGACCUUUAUUUCAACUUUAGAAAUGCUGUGGCAGUAUAGUAAUGAUGAUGAGGAAAGUUUUCCCCUAAGUACCAUUCCAGAGACGGAUCCCUUAAGUAAGAAGUGUGUAGAUAUAUAUUCAACCUUGAUAAAGACCUGGCCUCCAAACACUGUACAUUUACAAUAUUUUCGAAAUGAGUGAUACUCGCUCAACCAACGUAACUAAAAUUUUCAGUCCGUUACAGCAUUCUAGUUACCACACAUGGAAAAGAAGAUGUUUAUAUUGUUAUGUUAUAUUUACCUACUAAUUUUACUUUUUUACAUUGUUAUUAAUUUAUUGUUACAUCUAUACCGUGACAUACAUUCUUUUUUUAUUAUAUACCGCAUUAAAAGAGUAAUUACCAUGUUUUGAGAUAAUGGUAGCUUUAAAUAGUUAUUUUUUUAAUAAUCCAUGACAUUUAAAUGCGGCAUAUAAUACGAUAAGAAUUGACAUGGAAUAUUUAUUUGUUGCCAUAUUUGUUUCAUUAUGAAGAACAUAUUGUGAUUUUCUAGUCAAAAUUGGUUACAAUUUUUUUAUUAGUUGUAACCUGUAUUGUGAUAAUACCGAAUAAUUUUUGUAUUGGUGUAUAGUGUAUGGUAUUAAGAAAGACAACAAUAAUUUAGUAAUCCUAUAAAAUAUAUAAUGCUUAAAAUAUAUGCACAUGUAGACAAUGCACAAUAAUCAAAAUAUAUCAUAAAUUGGUAAUAUUUUGUGUAAAAUGGGAUGGAAUUUAAUUCAUGCAUUUCAUGAGGUGAAAUGUCUUAUUUUACAUAAUUUACUAGGGAAUUACUAAAUAUUUAUAAGGAUAUAAGAGAAUAUUUUUUUUGUUUUUAACUUCUAGAAGCUAGAAGUAGGCUCAUUUUUAUUAAUUGCUGUUUAGAUGUUAAUGAAUACUAAAAAAGAAUUUGUACCUUUUUUAAAGGGACAAUUGGAUAAUAUCAUUUUUGUAUAUAUUCUGUUGGGUAAUAAUUAUUAUUUCCUCAGUGAUAAAUUAUUUAUAUGUUAUAUUCGUUUUAGUUGGCGUUAUUUUAAUUACCUAAUAGCUAAUAUGUAUAUACUAAUAUCCUAAAUAUUUAUCUUUGAGUAGCAUAAUCUGUGGUAUAACACCAAAUACAAUUAUGAAAUAUUAAGUAUUAUAAGUGGAGUAAUUUAAUUAAUUAUUAUUAACCAUUUGAACUUAAUGCCUGAGAUGUAGGACUGAAGAAAAGCUUGACUCUUAUGUCUUAUCUCCGACCUGUCAUUGUCACAGACAUAUGCAAUGUAUCUCUGCAACAAGUCUCUAAGAUCCAAAUAACGAAAUAAAACGUUUAAAAGUAAGAACCUGUUGAAAAAUUUAGAUCAAGGUCAUUCUCUUAUCUAAUUUUAAAAAUUUGCAUUCACAGCUAAAUGCUACGGACACUAUUGUCGGGUCGGAUGGAGAAAUGCGCCAUUGUCAUAUCUGGUUUAGCGAAGCUCUUUCCUUAAAGAUUUAGGAAAAAUAUAGCUUAUUAUUUUGUGCUUAUAGGUUGUGACUAACAGCGUCGGAGUUGUGGCAUAAUCAUUUCUUGAGAAUAACAUCACAGUCCUACUGAAAUGUACACUGUAUACUGUUUCCAUGCCAUCUAACAUUAUUUUUCAAUGCCCUUUUAAAAUGAAUAUGUAAUAGUAUUUUUAAAUUCAAAGAUGAUAUAAAAAUGUAAUCUAACUAAAACUAACUGAAAACUUCAGGUUGGUCUUCUAUCACCCAUAUGGUCCCAACCUUAUUCCACUUGUGAAAGAAAAAUACUUUUGCUCUGCUAUACCAAAGUUCUUUACAAUCUAGACGCACAAAUUAGCAUCUUUAGAAAAAUUAAUUUAUAAUCUUUUGAUUAAAAAUUUAAGUAAUGGUGAUAAUGAUAAAAAAACAGUUGUGUGUAUAUUUCCAAUAAAUACCAUAUCGACAAGCCACAGCCUUGGGUCGGUAUUUACAUGUCUAGGAGUGAAUCGCUAUGGCGAUCUUGUAAGUCGGAGAGGAAAAUGCGAAAUAAAUAUUUCAUUUUUAUUAUAAUAAACCAUUUUUUAAUUAGGUACAUAAUAACUUAUCACAGCUAUAUUUGAUGUGCUUGGAAAAAUACUUGCUCUUCUUUCCCUGUCCAGUACAUUUUAUUGUACUGAGCGUAUUGACUGUAAAGAUUUUGACCCUACUCAAUCAUGGGGGAGAAUCAUGUCAAUUUUAAGUAAAACGUGAUAUUGGAAUUUUAUAAUAUAAUAUUUUAUAAAGGAAAUUUAGCAAAAAUUCACAUCACAUUGGAUGAUGUUGGAUGGCAUGGUAUGUGCGAAUUGUCCCAUCUUAAACAAUAGGUAUAUUAUAAAAAAAAGAAGAUAUUAUUUAUAUUGAUAUUAUGCAUAAGAUAUAUUACGUCAGAUUCUUCUGACGAUUCAUCAUUGGAUAACGUGAUAUAUUAUAUCUGUAGAGGACAAAUAAUAUGAUAAGAUAACUCUGCCUUAAUUAUUUGAUUUAAAAAGUUUCAUUGUUUUUAUUUGAAAAUGUUUUAACCUUAUAUCUAAUAAUUUUUGGUAUAAGUAAUAUAUAGUUAGUUAAUAUUUAUUAAAAUUAUUGCUACUAUAUUAUUAUUACUUUAUUUAUACAUGUUUGCCAAUUUAUUAAAACAAUGGAUAAACAUAUUAACUACUUUUUAAUUGAAAAAAAAAAUCAUAUAACUACGAACGUUGCGUAGUAAUUAAUUUGUUUAUAAAAUUGGUGACAUUAACAGUUUUAAAAUAUUUUACAAAUUAAUAUUACCUAUAUGCAUAUUAUAGAUCAAAGAACUCAAAUAUAACGUUAAACAACAUUUUCAAAUACUAAUUUUUAGUAGCUAGUUUUUAGUCAGCUAUUUUUCAUUCACUAAUUUUUAGUACCUUUAGGGUGGCUGUAACGACGACGUCCCGUAAUCUUACUGUUAAAACAUGACAACUGGUUUUUUUUUAUAUAAAAUCCAAUUGUUUUGUUUUAACAGCACGAUUACGGGAGGUCGUUGCAGCCACCCUUAGUAGUUUACUUACUUGCAUAUAUGCGUUAAAAAUUACAUUAAAACUGGUUUUUCUAAAAACUUCACCACCUAUGUAUUUCGUCAGAGUGUAAACUGGUUUAAAAUAUUUAAUAUAAAUAAUAGAGUUGAG